GUGCGCAGUGAAAAAAUUAGCGGUCCCUUAGCAUCACUGGCUAAAGCAGAAAUCGCUUGUUCUCGCUUUUCAUAAUAUUCACCUUAGUUCGCCUUGUGACGCAAGCGCUGCGAGCGAUACAAAUCGCGUUGAAAGAUUGAUAUGCGUGUAAAAUGUGUAAAAUGGAAGAAAAUGGCAUGUGAGAUAGUGGUGCAUUUCUGUUAUUUCAGUGAAGAAAUGUUUGGUUAUUUGGGCGACCUAGGAUGGGAGGCUGUAUAGGCAUCACGAGAGGCAGAAAUGCCUCUGUUGACGACACGUCUGCUAAUUCCACAAGGACAAAUUCAGGCAAUUCAAGAAAGAAUCACUCCUUGUGUCAUGAAGUAAUAAGAUGGAAGUCAGAUGUACCUUUAACAGAAGGUCAAUUAAGAAGUAAAAGAGAUGAAUUUUGGGACACUGCACCGGCAUUUGACGGCCGAAAAGAGAUAUGGGAUGCACUGAGGGCCGGAGCUACGGCAGCUGAAGCUCAAGAUUAUCAAUUAGCGCAGGCCAUUCUGGACGGAGCUAAUAUUUCUGUGCCUAAUGGAUUUUUGACUGAGUGCUAUGAUGAGUUGGGAACACGGUACCAAGUUCCCAUUUAUUGCUUGUCGUAUCCAAUCAAUAUUGUCAAAGAAGACAGUGGAAGAGACUCUCCAGCUGAUUGUUCAGAACCUAUCGAUGGGGGCACUGAAAUGACACUAAAACUUAGACUGUCGACUACGUUAGGCGACGUUAAACUGCCUGUUUAUAGUAAGGACACUAUUGGCGUGGCGAAGAAAAAAUUACAGAGUCAAGAGGGUUUAGAAUCGUCACGGCAGAGGUGGUUCUUUGGAGGAAAAUUGCUGGGUGAUAAAAUGCACAUCGAAGAGGCGAAGAUCCAGCCUGGUUACGUAAUUCAAGUGAUCGUAAAUCCAGAGAGAUCAGACGACAGUCCAACAAAAGCUAGUUGAAUGCAAGUUCAACCAAUUUUUAUACAUUACUCAUUGUGACAAGCACAUUCUUACAAAUGAUAAACUUAAGCGAUAGAGAAUUUUGAAAAAACAUCCAUUUCUCUUACUUGUUGAAUUUUUAAAUUCUACACUAAAAACGUUUUUUACUUAUGAAACUGGUGUUGUCUCGCAAUCUAUAUCAUCUUACACUUGCAGUAUCGUCAUGAAGUGUGAUAAUUCUUAACUAUGCACUCGUCAUUCACGAUGCAUUUAUUAACAUUUAAGUCGUUGAGUUAUUGAUUGCAUAGGAAUGUGCCGGUUACGAAUUGAAGGUGAAAUAACGCUAUGUCCCUCACCGUGUACAGGAUGGUCGAAGUUUCCUAUAAAUUCUACAUGCACAUACGAUGUGCACUGCGAUUGCUUCUAAAUAGUAACAAAUCAGACAAAACAACACGUCUCCUAUUUCUUCUAAGAAUCUAAUGCAAUCUACCCAUAGAGUUGGCGAAGUUAAACCCUCGUAACUCUUCCAAUAAAGUUAAUCGUAGAAAUAUUUAAACAAUUAUGCGCGUCAGUACCAUUAUUCACUGAGAACGAAACGUGUAAAUUUAUUCGUGAGUCACUAUCCUUGCGAGCUACAAAGGUAUUAUGUGUACAUGUGAUGUUAAAUAAAAUAGCUGACUUUGCAUAAAACGCAGUUUGAGUAGGCACGGAUUAUAGGGUGGUCCAAAAAUAUGAGGUUAUACAAAAACUUAAAAAUAUCGGUUUGGGAAGUCCUGUAAUGCUUUUAUUCAGUAU